AAACGGUGCCUUACUCCUAUAUAAGAGCAUAACAUUCUACGUACAUAUGACAUGCCAAGCCUCGAGAGACUGAGAAAUCCAAAGCCAAAAAUAUGCUUCUUAGGAGCUCAUCAACGCCAAUUCUGAAUUCAUGGAUCCCUCCAAACUCGAAAGAACCAUCUCCAGAACCCGAAUCCUUGCACCAAAUCCAAAUAACCCGAUCCAUUUCGUUGGCAGCAUCAUCUUCUGGUCCAUUUUCUUCCAUUUCUUCACAAGGCCAUGAUUCUAAUGAAAGAGUGAAAAUAGCCUUUUCCAAGAAUGAUUUAAGGGACCUCUCAGUGCCAAAGAGAAAACCCAGCAACAAAAUAUUGAAUGGAAUCACUGUUGACCAGGAAGUUGACGAAGAAGUGGAGAAAAAAGUGUCAUUUUGGGAGAGUGGGUUGUUAUUUGAAGGGUUUGGGGUUGGAGAGAAAGGGGAGGGUGAUAAUGGGGUGUUAGGGGUUUUGGUGACGGGUGGUGGUAGUGAUGGUGGUGGGAGGAAGUUUUGUGGUGGUGGAGGAGGUGGUUUUGGGUCGGAUUUUGGUGAUGAUGGAGGAUCAAGGUUUCGGGAGUCUGAUGAGGGGAUUGAAACUACCGAUGUUUAUUAUCAAACGAUGAUUGAAGCCAAUCCUGGGAAUCCUCUUUUUCUCAGAAAUUAUGCAAAAUUCUUGAAAGAGAUUCGUUUGGAUUUUGUAAAAGCUGAAGAGUACUGUGGAAGAGCAAUUCUAGCCAACCCUAAUGAUGCAGAUGUUCUUUCAAUGUAUGCUGAUUUGAUAUGGCAGAGUCAUAAGAAUGCUUCUCGUGCUGAAUCUUAUUUCGAUCGAGCUGUUAAAGCUGCUCCCGAUGAUUGUUAUGUGAUGGCAUCUUAUGCUCGGUUUCUUUGGGAUGCUGAAGAGGAGGAGGAGGGGGAGCGGGAUCAGAGAGAAAAUAUGAGCAAAUUGUCACCGCCAACUUUUUUCCAUGGAUCUAGGCCUCCUCUCCCUCCUUUAGCUGCCUCAUCUUGAGACCACCACCUCUCACAAAAAUCUUGUAUCAUAGCUUAGACAUAACUUCUGACCCUUGUUUAUACAUCCUUUCUUUUUGCAAUUUUUCUAGUAACCUUUUAAGCUGCUCAGUUGAGUUGUUUAAUUACCAUGCUUUGCUCGUCUAGCAAUUUGAUGUAGAAAGGAAAAUAAAAGAUAAGACGAGUUUUUAUGGCA